UGGCUAAGAGCAUGCGUGAGGCAUAAGUCAUAUUCACCUGGAGUUUAGAGGUAUCAAGAUCAACAGCUACAGAUACAUGAACUGCAUUGGAUUUCCUAAGAACUGGUUUUCUUGACUUGUUCAGCUGUAUUUAAAGAAGCUAAGACAAGAUGAAUGGACAAACUCAGAUUUGUGCCCUCUCGGAGAGUGUGAUUUUGGAGGACACCGAUAAAGGAGGGGUCGUAGUCACAGGAAUUAAAAAUCCUGCAAUUAAUCUAAAAGAAGGGGAUCAGCUUGUUUCUGCCACUAUUCAUCUUGACCACCUCAAUAAAGACGAUGUGCUGAAACUGAUCAAAAUCAUUGAGCCCUACGACAAGAACCUUGAGCUGAAGACUUCAAAAGAUCUGAAAGCUGGCCUGUCACUUGGUGAUCUUCGCUUGAACAGUGCGCUUGCACAGGAAGGACUUCAAGCACCAGCUGUUCAGGUCAAUAGGUUAAAUGGACAGCUAAAUGCCCCAAGCCUAGAGGGUGGCAUCACAGCCUCCAGAGUAAAUGGAGAAAUUCCAAAUAUCGAUCUAAAGAAAUCCACACCUAACUUCAGCUCCCCAGAGUUCAGAAUGCCAACUUUUGACACAUCUCUGCCAAAACUCAAAGGGGCCGGUACAGCUGGAAGAGUCGAAGCACCUAAUGUCAGUGUCUCCACCCCAAGACUAAACACUCCAGAUGUUUCUGUUAAUGUAGACAAACCUGAAUUGAAGACCAAAACUCCCAAGUUUAAUAUUCCCAACUUCAGUCUCCAUGGUAAAAAACCAAAGUUUGGUGGUGAUGUAAAUGUAUCUGCCCCAGACAUAAACGCUGACCUAAAAACACCUGAUCUGGGUCUGUCCUCCCCAAAGAUUAAUGGAGAGCUCAAAACCCCUGAUGUAGACUUGACUUUGCCAAAACCUAAGCUCAGUGGCCCAGAUCUGGACAUUGAAACACCAAAAGCAAAUAUCGAGGCUCCAUCUGGCAAGUUCAGACUGCCCAAAAUAAAUAAAAAAACAGCAAAGGUAAAAGUAGCAGAGGUUGAUGCAAAUCUAAAUGCGCCAAACCUUGAGCUUUCUGCUCCAAGGGUGAAUGCAGAUGUCAGAGCACCGAAUGUUGACAUUGAUCUACCAAGUGCCAAUCUUCAAGCUCCAGAUGUAGAAAUGAAAACUCCUGAUUUAGAUGCUCCUUCAGGCAAAAUAAAGUGGCCAACAUUUAAGAAACCCACAUUUGGGCACAAGGUUAAAACCCCGGAGGCUGGCUUAGAUGCCAGUGUCUCAACACCUAAUUUGAGUCUCACCUCCCCAGACGCAGAUGUGACUUUACCAAGGGCAGAAAUAAAGGCUCCUGGUGUUGAUAUAAAAGCACCCAAUGCAGACAUUCAGGCUCCAUCUGUAAAGGCUAGGUUUUUUACUCUUAAAAAGCCAAAUUUCAACUUACAUAAAACAAAGAUGAAAAGUCCAGACUUGGACGUAUCAACUCCUGGUGUUGAUGUGAAUCUGCCAAAAGCUGAACUGGAUGGUCUAAAUCUAGAUGUCAAGGAACCAGAUCUCAAUCUCUCUGUACCAAAAAUGAUGGGUGAUAUCAGUUCACCAGACCUAGACAUUAAAAGUCCAGCCAUUGAUAUGCAGACACCAGAUGUUGACAUGGCAGCUCCAUCUGCAAAUGUUAAAAAGCCUUACUUCAAAAUGCCUAAAAUAUCUGGGACAAAAGUGAAAGGGACAGAUGUAGACCUCGAUGCACAGAUGAAGGCACCAAAUCUUGAGGUCUCAGUCCCUGAAGUCAAUGUGAAACCACCUAAAGCCAAUCUCCAAGGGCCUGACCUAGACCUGAAAGCUCCAGAUCUCAGUCUCUUAGCACCCAAAAUUGAAAGCAAAAUUAAUGCUCCAGAUAUGGAUCUGAACUUUCCAGAUGGUAAAAUCAAAUCUCCAAAUGUAGAUCUCCAAGCAACAGCACCAGAGAUUGACUUAAAUGCACCCAAAGUAGACAUCGGUGCCCCCUCCAGUACAGUCAAGUUUCCUAAGUUUAAAAUACCUAAAAUAAACCUAUCUGGGCCAAAAGUAAAAGGGACAGAUGUAGACCUCAAUGCACAGGUGAAGGCACCAAAUGUUAACGUCUCAGUUCCUGAAGUCAAUGUGAAACCACCUAAAGCCAAUAUCCAAGUGCCUGACCUAGACCUUAAAGCUCCAGAUCUCAGUCUCGCAGCACCCAAAAUUGAUGGCAAAGUUAGUGCUCCAGAUGUGGAUCUGAGCUUUCCAGAUGCUAAUAUAAAAUCUCCAAAUGUAGACCUCCAAGCAACAGCACCAGAGACAGACUUAAAUGCACCCAAAGUAGACAUCAAUACUCCCUCAAGCAGGGUCAAGUCACCUAACUUUAAAAUGCCCACAUUUGGCCUUUCUGGACCUCGGGUGAAAACACUGAAAAAAAUAGAUUCACCUGAUGUAGAUGUUAACGUGCCCAAAGCCGAAUUCAAAAGCCCUGAUGUAGAUGUGAAAGCAUCUGAUCUUAGUCUGAGAAGUGACAUUUCUGCUCCAUCAUUAAACAUUGAUUUGCCAAAAGCUGACUUAAAAGCGCAGACUGCGACCAUCGGUGGAAGUAUAAAAACAUCAAAUCUCAAUCUCUCCAACCCAAAUGUAGAACUAAACUUGCCAAAAGCAGAGCUUGAAGGUCCAAAUGCAGACCUAAAAGUCCCAGAUGUUGACACUCCAUCUAGCAAUAUUAAGAUGCCACAUUUUAACAUCGCAAAAUGGAAUCUGUCUGGGCCAAAAGUGAAAGGGCCUGAAUUAGAUGCUAACACAGACGUAGGUGUGUCAGUUCCCAAACUUCAAGGACUAAACACCCCUAACAUUGACCUAAAUCCCAAAGCGGAGGUCAGUGUGCCUGAUGUAAAAGCAAUUUUACCAAAAGCUGAAGUCAGCGCUCCCAAUGUAGGUAUUAAUUCACUGGAUGUCAAUGCUCCAUCUGGAAAGCUGAAUUUCAUCACAAUUAAGAAACCAAAAGCUGACCUUUUUGCUCCAAACGUAAAGACUCCUGGGAUUGAUUUAAAUGCAGAAUCUCCCAAUCUCAGCCUCUCAGCUCCCACAGUUUCUAAAAAUGUCAACAUUCCAAAUGCUGAUGUAAAGCUCCCUACAGCAGAUUUUGACAUUAAUGCUCCCAAAGGAAACCUGAAAUUUACAACACUUAAAGCGUCUGGCCCAAAAGUCAAAUCUCCUAAUGUUGACCUAUCUGCUGAUGUAAGUCGACCAGAUCUGAGCUUAUCUGCUCCUGGGGUUAGUACCCCUGAUGCAGAUAUCAGUCUACACACUGGAGGUGACAUUGAUGUUCCAGGCAUCAACGCUGAAGCUGAGGGCACCAAACGCAAGAUCAAGUGGCCCUUCAAUUGGGGAAGAUCUGUUGAAUCAAAAGAUGGAGAUAUAAAUGUUAAGGCAGCAGAGGUAGAUGGUAGCGCUUUAGAAGCAAAACUGCCCACAGAUAUGCCAGUGUUCAAGAUGCACAGCUUGCCUAACAGCAACAUUGACAGCAUCUUGCAAGAACGCACUGGAGCGGUUGACCUCAGCACUGACCCUAUAAAAGCAAUCACAGACCCUAUUGUCUCUGCCCCAUCAAUCAAGGCAAAUGUGAAAAAAUAUUCUCCAUCUGCUGGGGUGAAUGGACAGACAUCCACUGUAAACAUCCUGGAAAAGCUGAGGUCGUCCAAUGCACGUACCACAAGCCCCGAUUUACGUACAUCUUCUGAUGCUGAUAUGGACUAUCCAGUGGUAGAUUCUACUAGCAACGAGGAUGAUGAAAAUGCCAAGAUUUCCCUCGGCUUAAACAACAUGCUUGGCUUGCUAACAGAUUGAAGUCUUAAGACCUAACAACAAUCUUGUUAGAUCACUAUUAACAAUAGCACCUCCAUCUUCAUAUAGUUAAUGCACAUGUAAAUUAAUAUGUAUAAGUACAGCUUUAACUGAAGAAUGAGUUUUGUUAAAGAAGCAUUACAGAAAAUGACAGAGAUUAUUUUUGUAUGGAUUUAGUUAUGUAUAAAGUUCUCUUCUCAUGUGUAAUGAUUGUAUUGUCUUCUCCAAAAAAUUACAAUAACAUGAAGGAACUGUUUUUCU